AUGGCUCUCUCAGUCAAAGGAAGAACUGCCAUUGUUACUGGAGCUGGCUCCGGAAUCAACCUCGCCUUUGCGAAAUUGCUGGUGGAAAAUGGUUGCAAUGUCCUCAUUGCAGACCUAGCCUUGCGCCCUGAAGCGCAAGUGCUGGCUGAUAAGCACUCCUCUGGACUUGCCCGAGUCGUAUUCCAGCAGACCAACGUGGCAGACUGGGUACAGCUCGAGCGGAUGUUCGAGAUUGCAGAAAAAGAGUUUGGCGAGAUCGAUAUUGUUUGCCCGGGCGCUGGAGUCUACGAGCCGCACUGGAGUAACUUCUGGCGCCCACCCGGCGCUGCCCCGAGCAAAGACUCAAUUGCUGGUGGCCGGUAUGCGCUGGUAGAUAUCAACGUCACGCACCCUAUUCGCACGUCACAACUAGCUAUCGCCCAUUUCCUCAAGAAUCGAACCAGCGGUCGCUCAAAGCAUAUCGUCCACAUCUCCAGCAUUGCCGGCCAGAACGCAAACCUCGCAGCACCGAUUUACUGUGCCACAAAACAUGCUAUUAACGGCCUGGUCCGAGCACUGGCUGAUCUCGACAAGAAGCUGGGGAUCAGAGUGACAGCUGUGGCCCCCGGUGUUAUCAAGACCCCGCUGUGGACCGACCAUCCCGAGAAAAUCAAGAUGGUUGAUGACAGCACCGACUCGUGGGUGACGCCCGAGGAGGUGGCGACAGUGAUGUUGGCGCUCGUUCAGCAGGAAGUGGUGGGUGAGGUUAUCGGGGAUCAGUCGGGUCGCGGGCCGCAAUAUCCGGUCGCAGGUGGUACCAUCCUAGAGGUUUCUAAGACUGUGCGGGCUGUGAAUCAGUUUAAUGAUCCUGGUCCCGGCAACCGGCCUGGAAACACGGCGUCGGAUCACCAUCAUGUGGAGGCAGAGAGUUAUCAACUUUUGGCGCAGAAGGGUUGGGGAUUGUCCAAGCUGUAG